GUAGUUGUGGAGAUUAUGGAAAUUAAAUUCAGUAAGUAGGUUAUGUAAUUAGAAUUUUAGGUAGUCUUUAGCUAUAAAUCUUCAUGUCGCCUUAAUGGGAUCAGUCCCAGUGUCUUUUGUAGAACAAGUAUCGAAUCAACUCUUAAGACAUGUUAAAAGUUUGUUGAGUGAAUCUGUUUGGGAAUAAAUGCCCAAGUAAAAAGAACAGUGAUUUCUUUUGUGGCAGAUAUUUGUGGAAAAAUACGGAUGGUGGUUUUUAUUAUCUUCCUACCAUUUGUCCAUAAGUGCUGUAAAUUAGAUCUGCUUAGAUGCUGCCUCUGGUAACAUGGUGGCAAAAUGACACUAUAUUGUAUUAGACUCUGGAUCUGUUACUUGAAUGGGAACAGGUUCUCUUUAUCCAUGACUGGUCUUUUUGACUCAAUGUCGAAAAUAUAGAUUAGAAUACCUUUAUAUCUUUUCAUGACUUGUGAAGUACUCUGCAGAAAUAAGUUUUAACUCAGAAAGCUUAUCAGACUUAAUCAUUAUAGGUGUGUUAAUUCCAAGUAAAAAUACUGAUUAUCUAGCUGGUGCUGAAAUCUCACUGUAAUGUAGUGCACCUACACAGUGGUUGAACCCCCCACCUCUCCCUUUUCUGGCAGGAGAGUACCACAUCUGUCCUACAAUCUGAUGUAGCCCUGCAGAGGUGGAUUGCUGGUCACAUGUGUGGCAGACUGGAAUGUAGGACUGGAAGGGACGUUCUGGGCCUUAGAGUUUAGUGCUGCAUUUGCAGACAACCAUUUGUCCCAAGGAGUUCAUAGGAAUAUCCAGCCUCUUGCGUCACAGGUGCAAAAGCGCCCCAGACACAUUUUUUCAUGUUAAAUGUUUUGCAUCUAGAAAUCAAAAGAACUAUGGAGGCAGUUCAGAACUGUAAAGUGUGAAUGUCUUGGAGAAAAUAAUUGAACAGGCAAGGUAACUCAAAUAAGAAAUCUGAGGUGGGAUGCUAUUUUUAAUGUCCUUUUUUUCUUUGGAAAUGGGCUUUAUCCAUCAUCAGUAGAGAAGAUGGAUUGGGUGAUGCAAGCAAAAUUUCCCUCAGGUUCUGACACCAAUGGUUGGGCAUUCAUUGUGAAGGGUAUGUUGGUUUUACUGUGAUUGUGCUUUCUCAAGGUAUAUUCUCCUUUCAAAAAUGUGAAGUUGAGAAAACAGCAUACUGAUUAUUCUAUAACAGGGCUGUCAAACUUCUUAGCAGCUGGUGGCUGCACAUUGUAUGGCCCCCAAAUGCCAAGUGGGGUGCAGGGGCAAGAAGCAGAAACUGCAGGAUAGAGGGAGAACCUGGAGACUCCCAGCAGCGGCACAAAGAGAUGGGGAGACUGACAGCCAGCUGGCUGCCUGCAGGAUGCAUAUGCCUUGGGCUGUGAGUUGGACAGCCUUGUUCUAUAUAGGAAUAUUGGUUCAAAUUCUUGGGGAAUCUCCUUCAUCCUGCUUAUGUUGAUGAGGGCAAAAUUAUCAGUUUCCUUCUGUACCCUAGAAUAAUUUAUUUCUAUUGUAUUACUUUGACAUCAUGACAGUAAUGUCUGUCUUGUUUGGCUUGUCUCUCUGCAAACCUACCGUGGAAGGAUGCCUGUCAUGCUAGAUUUGGCUUGUCUACCUGCAAAUCUUAAAUGGAAUGAUGAGGAACUUCAAGAAUGAAUUGUCUAGAGCAAAAGGAAGAAAAGCAAGUAAGCUUGCAUAUUACGGACUGGUUUCUGAACAUAUUUCUAAUACAGUGGGGUUACAGAAGAUGAUAAAGAAAUGAUAGCAGCUCCAGAAAUACCAACUGAUUUUACUCUCCUUCAGGAGUCUGAAACACACUUUUCUUCCGAUACAGACUUUGAAGAUAUUGAAGGAAAAAAUCAAAAACAAGGCAAAGGAAAAACUUGUAAAAAGGGGAAAAAAGGCCCAGGGGAAAAGGGGAAAGGUGGAAACGGAGGAGGGAAGCCUGGUGGUCCAAAUCGGAUGAAUGGGCAUCACCAACAGAAUGGUGUGGAAAACAUGAUGCUGUUUGAAGUAGUUAAAAUGGGCAAGAGUGCUAUGCAGUCUGUAGUGGAUGACUGGAUAGAGUCAUACAAACAUGACAGAGAUAUAGCACUUCUUGAUCUCAUCAACUUCUUUAUUCAGUGUUCAGGCUGCAAAGGAGUUGUUACGGCAGAGAUGUUUCGACACAUGCAAAAUUCUGAAAUAAUCCGAAAAAUGACUGAAGAGUUUGAUGAGGAUAGCGGAGAUUAUCCACUUACUAUGGCUGGUCCUCAGUGGAAGAAGUUCAAAUCCAGUUUUUGUGAAUUCAUUGGAGUACUCGUCCGGCAGUGUCAAUAUAGUAUCAUAUAUGAUGAAUAUAUGAUGGAUACAGUGAUUUCACUACUUACAGGACUAUCAGAUUCACAAGUCAGAGCAUUUCGACACACUAGCACACUGGCAGCUAUGAAGCUGAUGACUGCUUUAGUGAAUGUGGCAUUAAAUCUUAGUAUUAACAUGGACAAUACACAACGGCAGUAUGAAGCAGAGCGAAAUAAAAUAAUUGGGAAACGAGCAAAUGAUAGGCUGGAACUCUUGCUACAGAAAAGGAAAGAGCUUCAGGAAAAUCAGGAUGAGAUAGAAAACAUGAUGAAUGCAAUAUUUAAAGGUGUUUUUGUGCAUAGAUACCGAGAUGCAAUAGCUGAAAUAAGAGCUAUCUGCAUUGAAGAGAUUGGAAUUUGGAUGAAAAUGUACAGUGAUGCCUUUCUUAAUGACAGCUAUUUAAAAUAUGUGGGUUGGACUAUGCAUGAUAAGCAAGGAGAAGUAAGACUCAAAUGUCUUACUGCUUUGCAAGGGCUUUACUAUAAUAAAGAGCUUAAUUCCAAAUUGGAACUCUUUACCAGUCGAUUCAAGGAUAGAAUUGUGUCUAUGACUCUGGACAAAGAAUAUGAUGUUGCAGUCCAAGCAAUAAAAUUACUUACUCUUGUUUUACAGAGUAGUGAAGAAGUUCUGACGGCAGAAGACUGUGAAAAUGUCUACCAUCUAGUUUACUCAGCUCAUCGGCCAGUAGCAGUAGCAGCAGGGGAAUUUCUUUAUAAAAAGCUUUUCAGUCGCAGAGAUCCUGAAGAUGAUGGAAUGUUGAAAAGAAGGGGGAGACAAGGUCCAAAUGCAAAUCUUGUCAAGACACUAGUGUUUUUCUUUCUGGAAAGUGAAUUACAUGAGCAUGCUGCGUAUCUUGUGGAUAGCAUGUGGGACUGUGCAACAGACCUCCUGAAGGACUGGGAAUGUAUGAAUAGUCUUCUAUUGGAGGAACCACUCAAUGGGGAGGAGCCUUUAACAGAUAGACAAGAAAGUGCACUGAUUGAAAUAAUGCUUUGUACAAUUCGACAAGCAGCUGAAUGCCAUCCACCUGUGGGAAGAGGAACAGGGAAAAGGGUGCUGACAGCAAAGGAAAAGAAAACGCAGUUGGAUGACAGGACAAGAAUUACAGAGCUCUUUGCAGUGGCACUUCCUCAGUUAUUAGCAAAAUAUUCUGUGGAUGCAGAAAAAGUCACCAACUUGUUACAGUUACCGCAGUAUUUUGAUUUGGAAAUCUAUACAACAGGGCGAUUAGAAAAGCAUCUGGAUGCCUUACUGCGACAGAUCCGGGAUAUUGUAGAGAAGCACACAGAUACAGAUGUUUUGGAAGCAUGUUCUAAAACAUACCAUGCACUCUGUAAUGAAGAGUUCACUAUCUUUAACAGAGUUGACAUUGCAAGAAGUCAGUUAAUAGAUGAAUUGGCAGACAAGUUUAAUAGACUUCUUGAAGACUUCCUGCAAGAGGGGGAAGAACCCGAUGAAGAUGAUGCUUAUCAGGUCCUAUCAACAUUAAAAAGAAUCACUGCUUUUCACAAUGCUCAUGACUUGUCGAGAUGGGACUUGUUUGGUUGCAACUACAAGUUAUUGAAAACUGGGAUUGAAAACGGAGACAUGCCCGAACAGAUUGUUAUUCAUGCACUGCAGUGUACUCACUAUGUAAUCCUUUGGCAGCUAGCAAAAAUUAGUGAAAGCAGCUCCACAAAGGAGGACCUUUUACGUUUGAAGAAGCAGAUGAGGGUGUUCUGCCAAAUCUGUCAGCACUAUCUGACCAAUGUAAACACUGCUGUCAAAGAGCAGGCUUUCACAAUUCUGUGUGAUGUGUUAAUGAUUUUCAGCCAUCAGAUUAUGACAGGAGGAAGAGACAUGUUAGAGCCACUUGUUUACACUCCUGAUUCUUCGUUGCAGUCUGAACUGCUAAGCUUUAUUUUAGAUCAUGUCUUCAUUGACCAGGAUGAUGACAACAAUAGUGCAGAUGGACAGCAAGAUGAUGAAGCUAGCAAGAUUGAAGCAUUGCACAAAAGAAGAAACUUGCUUGCAGCUUUUUGUAAACUUAUUGUAUAUACUGUGGUGGAAAUGAAUACUGCUGCAGAUAUUUUUAAGCAAUAUAUGAAGUAUUACAACGACUAUGGAGAUAUUAUCAAAGAAACAAUGAGUAAAACAAGACAGAUAGACAAAAUCCAGUGUGCAAAGACACUUAUUCUUAGUUUGCAGCAGCUCUUCAAUGAGAUGAUUCAAGAAAAUGGUUACAACUUUGACAGAUCGUCACCAACGUUCAGUGGCAUUAAGGAACUUGCUCGGCGCUUUGCUUUAACAUUUGGACUUGAUCAGCUCAAAACAAGAGAAGCUAUUGCAAUGUUACACAAAGAUGGCAUAGAAUUUGCUUUUAAAGAGCCUAAUCCACAGGGUGAGAGCCAUCCACCUUUAAAUUUGGCAUUUCUUGAUAUUCUGAGUGAGUUCUCCUCCAAACUUCUCAGACAAGACAAAAGAACAGUGUAUGUUUACCUGGAGAAGUUCAUGACUUUUCAGAUGUCUCUACGAAGAGAAGAUGUGUGGCUUCCACUCAUGUCUUACAGGAACUCUUUAUUAGCUGGAGGUGAUGAUGAUACUAUGUCAGUUAUUAGUGGAAUCAGCAGUCGAGGCUCUACAGUAAGAAAUAAGAAAACAAAGCCAGCAACAGGGAAGCGGAAAGUACCUGAAGCUGAAGAAAGCAGUAGUAGUGAUAGCAUGUGGCUGAACAGGGAGCAGACAAUGCACACACCAGUCAUGAUGCAGACUCCACAGCUCACUUCCACAAUCAUGAGAGAGCCCAAGAGAUUGCGACCUGAAGAGAAUUACAUGGGCGUCUAUCCUAUGCAGCCUGAACACCAUCAAGCUCCACUUGAUUACAACACACAGGUAACGUGGAUGUUGGCCCAAAGGCAACAAGAAGAAGCAGCUAGGCAACAGCAGGAGAGGGCAGCAAUGAACUAUGUCAAACUGAGAACCAACCUUCAGCAUGCCAUUCGGCGUGGUACAAGCCUAAUGGAAGAUGAUGAGGAGCCAAUUGUUGAAGAUGUAAUGAUGUCAUCAGAAGGGCGAAUUGAAGACCUUAAUGAAGGCAUGGAUUUUGACACCAUGGAUAUAGACUUGCCACCAUCAAAGAAUCGGAGAGAAAGAACGGAGCUAAAACCAGAUUUCUUUGACCCUGCUUCAAUCAUGGAUGAAUCGGUUCUUGGGGUGUCAAUGUUUUAAUACCAGAUCAGCAAAUAAAUCAGUGGUGAAGUCAUUUUCUAAGUGGAAGAGGAAGUUUUUAAAUACAAAAUUGUGGUAGAUACAGUGAAAUUCUGAACAGAUUUUUCUCUAAGGAGAAUGACAUGCUUUCAAGAUCAAGUGCAUUGAAGGGGCAGUUUUGUUUGCCUGAAAAAUGAAAUGUAAAGGACAAGUAAACAAUUUGCGGAUAAGCUACAGUUUUUGUUGGAAAACCAAUAUUUUAUUUAUGUGUUACCAGUUUAUUUCCAAAUCAUAACAAGUAUUGCCUCCUUAGUUUUGAUCUAAAAGUCUGAGAGGGGUUUGAUACCAAUUUGUUAAGGCCCUCUCUUUAUUCUUUGCCUGGUUGUACUAAAUCAUGAGCUCUGCUGGAUUCCUGUUUACAUCUGUGGACUGAAAUGGUAGAUGGAUUGAUUUUGUAGAGUAGUAGAACCAGAAGUUUUGACAUUUUAAAUUAAAUGCUUAAAUUGCAUCAAGAGAAGCUUUGUUUUAAUUAUGAUAACCACAUAAAAAAGUAAACAUAGCAAAAAUUUUAUCGACACUUUUUUCAUUUAAAAUGUUUUUCAAAUCCAAAAGCAUCACUAUAACCUUCUCUGAAAGGUCCAGAAACCACGAACUUCCAGAAAGCAACAGAACUCAAUCUUGCUUGCCCAUUAUCAACCCUGAAAGUUUGCUUGUCCUUUAAGAAAAAAUGUAAUGUUGUGAAAUUCCUUCCAGUAGUGCCACUGUAUUUUGUCUCCAAAUAAAGAAGCUUAUUGUAGUAUGUUUGCAGAAAAAUUCUAAACAAAAAUUAUACAGCUUAUUAGAGUGUGGGAAUAGGGAUCUAAAUUUUAAAUAAAAUUAUAUAUAUAUAUAAAUUGGUGCUGAUUUUAUAAUUGCGCAGUUUGUUUAGUUUUUUCUUACUUUUAAAUUCCAACUUAAAAUUAUGAGGUUUCAGAAAUAUAUUGAAAGUUUAACAAUGUUUAAAAAUAGAAAAGCAUGAGAAUUCAUGCUUUAAAAUGAUUUUUAAAUUUGUAUUUUAUAUUGUUUUAUCUAUCUGUCUUUGCAAGCAGUCUUCAGGUUAAAGAUACUUCUAACAGGUUACAGUACAUUUCCUCUGUAUGUAAAUUAGAUUGGAUAAUAGAAAUUCAUAAACAACCCAUAAUAUUCUUUGAAAGCUAAGCUUUAAACUUCAUUUUGUGUCCUUUCAUAAAUAAAUUAAAUCAGUCUAAAACAGAAAGUGGAUCUAUGCCAUUUUGACAUCAACUCAUUUUGCAAGGCUUAGGCAGCUAGACAUCAUUUUAAAGGAAAUAUUAACUUAUAUUACAUAUGUAUAUUUUUUGUCAGUUGUCUCUCAGUUCUUGAGGUAUAUUAUUUUAAUCAUUCCAUGCCUUAAUAUGCUUGCAAUACAAGAAUCUCCCCAAAUGGGUGAAUACAAAAAGGCUUCCUGUUUCUAGAUUCAGAAAAUAAACAUUGGGCUGUGGUAGCCAAAAACCAUAGGUUAUCUAAAGGAUCAUGAUAAAAUAUAAUUAUUUUACUAAAUCAUGGGGUAACAACAAACUCAAAACCAAUUCUGCCUAACUCAUUUUACGUAAAUAAAUAUUCUCAUGUCUAAAAGUACUGCCUAUAUUGUUUUUCACACCACUGCAUUUAAUAGAACUGCUGAGAGGACUGUAUAUAUGAUUUUAAACUUAAGUUGAUUUUUUCUUACUCUUGAAGGAGUGUUUCUUUGUGAAAGCAGUUCUUACAGCUUUAUGUUUUCAACCAGCUAAAAAUGUUUUAUAUAUUUACCUUAACCUGUUGUCCUCCACAUUCUAUUGUCCUAAUUGUACUGUUUUCUGAUUUGUAUUUAUGUCUUGAGACAGUAACUUUUUGAAUAAAAAUAAACCUACAGUAUGUUGUAUGUUUGAUCUUUUUAAAUCGGGUAGGGGAAUACAAUGAAAAUAAGGGUGUAAUGCAAAUGUUAUGUUUAUAGAAAUCAAAUCUUUUUCCAUGUCUUUUAAGUGUUUGUCUCAAGAGUUGGGAUACUGUAUGGAAAACUGCACUGUUUUAUAUUUGUAAUAAAUUGUACAAGUUUUUAAAAUGUGAAUAAAGCACUAAUUGGGUUAAUAAUUUAAAGUAGAAAAGUUAUGCAAUCAUGACUGUUUUAAAUAUUCUUUAAUUUGAGGUUAAUUGCUAUACAGAACAUUAACUGUAAAUACAGAGU